GAUGAAAAGAUGGAUUACUCGAGAAGUGGUGGAGGCUACGGAUAGGUUAAGAUUUUAUUUUGAGGUUAAACACAAAUAUCCUACAGAAGGAAACAAAGAAAUAUAUAGAGAUUUUAAGAGACAAUAUAAUAAGAUAUUAGCAAAAGCAAAACAAAAUUACAAUUUAACUAGAUUGGAGGAAAGUGACAAUCGUAACUGUCUGGGACAUAAUAAAUCUAACAACAGGCAGUUUGGCUUUAUGAAAAACAAAACGACAACAGAUGCCAUACUAACUUUAGUAAAUUGUAUAAGGCAGGGCUUUGAAAAUAAAAACAAGUUUUUGGGACUAUUUACUGAUCUGACUGCUGCUUUCGAUUGGGGAACUGCUUUAAAGCUGAUGCGAUCCUAUCUCUCAGACAGGUUCCAGGUUGUUUGCUGUAAUAAUCGAGCUAGUGAACCUAUGCUUGCAGAGACCGGUUGCCUCAGGUUUCCGUGUUGGGGGUCCACUCCUCUUUCUCAUAUUGUGAAUGAUUUGCCGCAAGCAUUCAAAAACGAACAUGGUAAAGAGAUCAUACUGUAUGCCGAUGAUGCAACAUUUGGAAUUGCUGUAGAGAGGGGCGUGGACGCAGCGCGGAUGCUGGGGAUCAUCCUGGAUCGGGCUAAGGCGUGGUUUGUCACAAACCAGCUUGUUCUGAAUGAAGUAAAAACUGAAACUCUUUGUUUUGAAACUAAACCUGUCAGUACGGUUGGAGAAAUGACUAAAACUAAAUUUCUGGGUGUAGUGUUGGACACUAGUCUGUUGUAUAAUGACCAUUGUGCAGAUUUUCACUCAUACAACACAACACAUUGCAAUAAUCUGGUACUUCCAACAAACAGAUUGGGUAGAACCAACAGUGAAGACAUCAAAUUGUACAAUGCGUUGCCAGAUGAGGCAACCCAGAAGACUAGUCUUGGUAUUCGUAUUGAACGAGCAGUCGCCGUUGACGCUGGGAUACGUAUCAUCCCCAAAACCAAAGACGAUUAUCGCAGGAUAAUCCGUCUUUUCAAAGAGGAAAACAUUCCUCAUCACACUUUCCCUUUGCCCACUGAACUCAACAUCCAUGCGGUUAUCAGAGGUAUCCCAGCUUCAACCACCGAACAGGAGGUCAAAGGUGAGCUAGAACACGCUCCCUUUUACAUCAUUCGCCUAGAGCGCAACGGCGGGGUGCCCAUGCCCUUGGUGAUGGUGAUCCUGCCUAAGACGGAGAAGUCACAGCAAGUGUUCAACGAGCACGAAUUGCUGGGGCUCUCUAUCAGAGUCGAAGUUCAGAAGAACUCUCGACUCAUUGGGCAGUGUCACCGCUGCCAGAAGUAUGGUCACGCACAGUCGUAUUGCACUGCGCCGCCAAAGUGUCUAAAAUGUGCCCAAGACCACAUGACAUAUAUGUGCCCUCAAACACGACAAGAGGUUCGCAGAUGUGCGAACUCUGGGGGGGACCAUCCGGCAAAUAGUCCGACCUGUAGAUUUACUCAUAGGAGAAAUCUACAAGUCAUCGCACAAAGGCGAGCAAAGUCCUACGCGGACGCAGCAAGAGAUGACACCUCAACUGCCCCUGCUGUUUCGAGCUCAUCUACGACUACUCAAAAUGUGGACCUAGCAACAGCGCUCAGGUCCCUACAGCAUCUUAUUAGUCCCCUGAUAAGCGCCACUAAGACAUUGCAGGCGAUCUUUCCGCUAAAUGGCUAG